AGCUCUUUCAAUUUAGAUAUAUUUUUUAGCAACAUAGAUGGCAUCCCUGAAGGCUGACAAACCCAAUGGCACCCAACUUUUUGGGCAGGCUAAAAAGAAGCUGUUCCUAAAGCUAGUGAUGGUGCAUCCAAAGGUCCAACUUCCAAAUCAACUCCAAAGAAAGCUCCACAGAAGCCCUCGGAAUCUAAGAAAAAGGGAAAGGCAGGCAAACAAUCUGCAAAGCACUAGGCACAGUAGUCUUAUUUGCUGGAGGAAAGUGUGGUUUGAUUCAAUAAAAAGCCAUACCAAUGUUGGAUACAAUAAUACUUGUACCUUAUUUUCUUUUGUAGCCAAAGUAUCUUGGCCUCCUUCUAUAGAUCAGCUUGCUCUACGCGUGAUAAUAUAA